AUGUGUUGUGAACCAAUACUGGACAAAAUAACUUCAUUGUCAGCAAAGCCAUUACCAAACCAGGGUUGUGCUCGUGUAGGUCUGAGUGCAGGUACAGGAAUUGGAGUUUCCUCUGCUUUGGUGAGCAACCAGAACUCCAACAAUGAAAAUGAUAACAAUAAUAAUCACCAGAACAAUAAUGCCAAUAUUCACCAUAAUAACCACCAGCAACCAAAUGAUCAAAAUGAAGAGAAUGAAUUGCGACAGGAGGAACAGAUGGAGGAACAGCAGAAUGCAGCAGAUGCACUGAAUGAGAUAGAGGAGGUGGCACAGGAAGAUGGAGUGGCUUUGGUAGAGAGCCACAGUGAAGCGAUUGCAACUAAUCAAGCACUUCUUCCUAUGGAAAUUGAUGAAGAGCAAGCAGGACCUAGUGGUCUUCAGCCUAGUGUAAACCUAGCACCAAUUACAGUCCAUGAUUCAGACAGUGAAGAGGAAGAUGAAAACAUUCAAUUAUUCAUGUUCCUUAAGUCAUGA